AUGGCUUCUCAAUUACUGCCGCUAGAGCUCAUCGACAAGUGUGUCGGCUCCAGAAUCUGGGUCAUCAUGAAGGGCGACAAGGAGUUUAGUGGAACCUUGCUCGGCUUCGAUGACUUCGUCAACAUGGUUCUUGAGGACGUCACUGAAUACGACUACACCGGCACUUCGACCAAGAUGUCCAAGAUUCUGCUGAACGGAAACAACAUUUGCAUGCUCAUUCCUGGAGGCAUGCCCGAGCAAUGA